AUGGAAGAGGAAACGGUCAAGGAGGUCCUCUCGGAGAUCCGCACGGUCCCCAAGAUCCGGCCAGGCCAGGCGGGCCGGGCCCAAGCAGCAAACCGUGAGUGCGAGAGCCCGUUCAUAAAAAACGCGCCUUUGCUGUCAGCAAACGCUGGCAAGGGCCACCCGAACGGCGCCACCUGCAUUAAGCCGUACGUUGCGUUGGCCGGCGCAGGCGCCGGCGCCUACGUGUUCGAGGAUUUCGGCUCCGAGAUCUGCAGCACGGUCGGCGAGUGCGAGAGCGUGUGCACGAAUCCGGCGGAGAAUAGAGAGGAGAAAGGAGAGGACUCUCGUGAGCAUCCCCGGCGGAUGUCGCCGGCGAGGCGCCGGAACACGUCAUCCACCGGCGAGGGAAAAAGGGAGAAGAGCGUCGGCAGGUCACCGGGUCGGAGGUCUGAUCCCUCGCCUGGCCGGUCCAGAACCGGGAACGGGAGAAGAGACGGCGGGGAGGGUUCCGGUCGGCGGUCGAGGUCUCCGGCGGCGCGCACGGAAACCGGGUCGGUGAGAUCGGGACCCGGAAGGAGCCCGUCUGCGAGGAAAAGGGGCAAAUCUCCGGGUCGGGUGGGAUCCGGGUUGGGAGAGAGGGAUCGGAAAGUGGGCGAGGAGAGGAAGGACGGCGGUGACCGGCGGUGCCCGCCGACGAACGACGAGUCGCUAGAAAACCCGCUUGUGUCCUUGGAAUGUUUUAUAUUUCUUUAG